AUGAAGACAACAGGCCAUCACCUACCGUCUUCAAGUGGAGAUUUGUGGACAAGAGUACGUGGUACAGUGAAGUUUUUGGGUUGGACAAAUGUUCUUAAGGACAGAUACAGUGGUCUAACGAUUACAUCAGUCAAUAGGUCAGCUGCAGUUUUUCCUGCUGCUCCUCGUGUUGAUAUCAAUAGAAAUAGACUGUCUACUCAUUCAGUGGAGUUUUUAUGGAUGUUGGGUGCUGAUGGUUAUUCACCCAUUACAAAUGUCAAAGUUAUGUGUUUAGAUGUCGUUCGUUGUUCAACACAUUCUCGUGUAUUCGACUCGGUUGUUGGGAUCUCUGGUGUGUUGACGGUGGGUGAGAGUCCCAGCAAUGAAAUGUUUAAUGUCCCCACACAUACAGCAGCUCCUGCCAAACCUGUUCUUGAUGUCAAGCCGAUUUCUAGGAAUGAGACGAGUGUGACAAUCCAUUGGAAUGUUGAUUACAACGGUGGCCAUGUAAUAACCCAAUACACAAUCAGGUGGAGAUCAGCAGCUUCCACUGCCUCACUACAUGAAGGGACGUGGAUAUUAACAGGGCUGAGCAAAGGAACCAACUAUUUCUUUGAGAUCGAGGCAAUGAAUGAUGUUGGACUGAAUACAUCAGAUGUGGUUAAAUAUACAACAUCAUGCUAUUCUGCUGCAUUGUCUUAUCCUCUGAUUACAAACAUACAUACAUCGUCAUCGUCGAGUGUCAGAUUUGUAGUCAACGUUCCUAGAGGCAAUGGUUGUGGUGUAGUAACUGACUAUUAUGUUACUGAUUGGGUGACAGAGAAGCAUCUUAAUUCAGUGUAUGUUGUCCAAGAUGGAUUGGUGACUGUGACUGUGACAGAUUUGGAAGUAGGACGUGAGUAUGAUGUUGUGUUGUACACUCGAAAUCAGUGGGGAGAAGAGAGACAAGGAGCUCGUGUGUCGUUUCAAGUAGACGAGGAUAUAAAUUCAACUACAGGAUUUAGUCCUCAUAGUUCGAAUGAUGGUUUGGGCUCUAGUCAAACUGUAGCCAUUAUUGUUAUGUGUUUGGUCGUGUUACCAGCCAUUCUACUUGCUUUCAUAUUUUGUCUCUACAAGAAACACAGAUCAAGAAAGGAUGACGACGAUGGUGAGACUCUUGAUUUUGUGCCUGGAAUAUUCAAGCAAACAACAACUCCACAAUACGGAUAUGACGAAUCUGAUACAAAACCUCGUCCUGGUCCUAAUAGUGGCAGCACGUAUAUUAAUCUUUCUGUAUCUAAGAGAAGAAUUUGACAGCCUUCUCUGACGUUGGUGACCUUAUCUGGAGAACAUGAAGUUAAGAGUGGCAGUUUGCCUCUACAGAAAGUCGAUAUUUUGUCAUCAGAUUAUUGUGAGAAGACUAUGGAAGAGCUGCUGCAAGAAUCAUAUGUUGAUAUGAAGGCUCGAACAAGUGGCAUUGUAUCUAAACUGGCUUUUCUAAAACGAUGGAAUGAUGUAUGUAUGUAUCAAGAUGCAGUAAAACAUU